AUGUCAUUAUCAGAUUAUAUAGAGGAUGGUUAAACAUAUUAAUUUACAAAGUACAUCAAUCUAAUUAAAGUAUUAAUAUUAUUCAUACAAAUAGACUGAAGAAGAUAAAAAACUUUUUGAUCUAUUUGCAUAUGGAGUUUUUGAUCCUAAAAUUAAGUAUCAAAAUGAAAAAUAGAAAAAGAAAAUGAUUAUCCUAACUAUCCUAAAAUUAUGUUAAAGGUUAUAAUUAAUAAUAAUAUAGUAAUAAAUGUGUGACUUUUGAUUAAAUAUAACAAGCUUGUUGUUUAAAUUCAAGAGCAGAAAUUGAAUAAUUAUUAAUUGAUCUCAUCCAAAAAGAUUUAAUUAUUGCCACUAUAGAUGAUCAAAAAGGAUGUUUAAAUAUACAAAGAUGCAUUAGUAGAGAUGUUCAUAAAUCUCAUAUUCCAGCCAUGAAAAAUUAGAUUGAAUCUAUGUACGAAAGAGUUAAACAUUUGAAAGAAUAGUUAAAAAAAUAAUGAACGCAAUUUAUUUAAUAAUUAAAUAAAUUGUGAAUGUGGCAU